CCGGAAGUAGGUAUAUGAGGCCUGCCGGGGUCCGUGAAGUGCUCGCUCUGGGCCGGGACACUCUGACGCGACCAUGGACCGGAGGAAAAAGCCUUUGGACGUCACGGCCUCCUCGUUGGUAGACCUUAAGGCUGAACUCUUCCGAAAACAAGAAGAAUUCAAACAAGAAAAACUUCUAAAAGAUUCUGGAGUUUUGGGGAAACCAAAAACAACUAAUAAGAAACCAAGUAUCUGGAGCAAACGGAAUGCAGGAGUUUCUAACCGAGCUGAGAGGGAUGCCGAACAGAAGGUUGAGGAGCAGAAGGCGUUAGACAGAGCAAGGGAGAAAUUGGAAGAAAAAGCCAAAUUAUACGAAAAAAUGACUGAAGGAGACUUUAUCGAUGAAGAAGUGGAGGAUAUGUACCUUGUGGAUUUCACACAGAAGAUCAUAGACAAACACAAAGAAAUGGAAGCGAUUGGUGCCAGUAGAGAUUCUAGAAAGACAGGAGAAAGAGACGAUGAUGAAGAAAUCCUUUCUGAAAAGGAUAUCCCUCCUCCCCAGGACUCCAGUGAGGAAUGGGUGGAUUAUGUGGAUUCUUUAGGGCGGUCCCGACGCUGUAUGAGAAAGGAUUUGCCAGACCUGCUGGAGAUGGAUAAAAAUCUUCAGGGGAGGCUUUUUGUUAGUCCUGCCAAUGAAAAAACCUUACUGUCUGAAGAUAUGAGAAAAGAACUGCAGCGCCAGCAAUGGGAGGAAGAAGAGAGGGAGGCCCUGAGGAGGCCUGUGGGGCCCGUACACUACGAAGACGUUCGCGAAAAUGAGGCCCGGCAACUCGGUGUUGGAUAUUUUGCCUUCGCCCAAGAUAAAGAGUUGAGAAACAAGCAAAUGAAAACUUUAGAAAUGCUGCGUGAACAGACAACAGAUCAGAGAACAAAACGAGAAAACAUAAAGGAAAAGAGAAAGGCCAUGUUAGAAGCAAGACUUGCCAAACUCCGACAAAAAAAGAUGAAAAAAUCAAAAGAAGACGGAGCAGAGGAAGAAAACAGAGAUGGAGAUGUUAUUGGGCCUUUGCCACCAGUACCAGAGGUCCUGCCAGCUCCUCGUCCAGCUGCCUCGAGUAGCAAAGUGGAAGUCAUCGUUCAGGAGAGGAGGGACACCAGGCCUGGGGUGCCACACGUCCGGGAGUGGGACAGAGGGAAAGAAUUUUCCUUUGGGUACUGGUCGAAGAGACAGUCAGAUCUCCGGGCUGAGAGAGACCCUGAGUUUGCCCCGCCAUCGGAUUACUUUGUGGGUCAAAAGAGAACUGGUUCUUUGAGUAGCCAGACGUGGAGCAGACCCGCACCUGCACAGAGUGGCCCCGGGCAGCCCUCCAGCCAGAGCCAUGACCCUGGCUCUUCCCAUCCACCGUCGGCUCCUGCCCCCGGCGGCCCACCACCAGCCUCGACUGUCACUUUUGAAACUCUGGAUGAUAUGAUAUCAUAUUAUAAACAAGUGACAUGAACUGAAGAACA